UUCUUUUCUUUUUUUCUUUUUCUCAUUUCUAAAGAGAGAAAAAAAACAAUGGCAUUGCCAAUAUUUUUUCUACUUGUUGCUUUUCUUGCUCCUAUAUCAACUCUCUCUUCACAAACACAAGAUCCCAAUCUUGUUGUAGAACAUGUCCACAGGAAAUUAAAUGAAUCUAGGAGGAACAUGGGAUUUUUGUCAUGCGGGACCGGAAAUCCGAUCGAUGAUUGUUGGAGAUGUGACAAAAGUUGGGAAAAGAAUCGUCAGCGAUUAGCAGAUUGCGCAAUCGGGUUUGGCAAACACGCAAUUGGUGGACGCGAUGGUAAAAUAUACGUCGUGACAGAUUCCAAAAAUGAUGACCCCGUUAAUCCUAAGCCAGGAACUUUACGAUAUGGUGUGAUACAAAAUGAACCACUAUGGAUCAUUUUCGCACAUGACAUGACCAUUAAACUAAAAGAAGAACUAAUGAUGAACUCAUUCAAGACUAUUGAUGGCCGCGGUGCCGAUGUUCAUAUCGCGGGUGGGCCAUGUAUAACAAUCCAAUAUGUCACAAAUAUUAUAAUUCAUGGUAUAAAUAUACAUGAUUGUAAACAAGGAGGAAAUACUGAUGUUCGCGACUCGCCUGACCAUUACGGGUAUAGGACGAUAUCGGAUGGCGAUGGGAUCUCGAUUUUUGGGGGAAGUCAUGUAUGGGUUGACCAUUGUUCGUUGGCUAAUUGUCAUGAUGGGCUAAUUGAUGCAAUACAUGGUUCCACAGCCAUUACUAUAUCUAACAAUUAUAUGACACACCAUGAUAAGGUUAUGUUGUUGGGACAUAGUGAUACCUUGACUCAAGACAAGAAUAUGCAAGUCACAAUUGCAUUUAAUCAUUUUGGUGAAGGCCUUGUACAAAGGAUGCCAAGAUGUAGGCAUGGGUAUUUCCAUGUGGUGAACAAUGACUAUACUCAUUGGGAAAUGUAUGCAAUUGGAGGAAGUGCAUCUCCAACCAUCAAUAGCCAAGGAAAUAGAUUUCUUGCUCCAAAUGAUCAUGAAAACAAAGAAGUGACAAAACGUGAGGAGGCAGGGGAGGACGAGUGGAGGAGUUGGAAUUGGCGUUCGGAAGGAGACCUAAUGUUAAACGGUGCAUAUUUUACACCAUCGGGUCAAGGGGCAUCCAAGAGCUAUGCAAGAGCAUCGAGCCUGAGUGCAAGACCAUCUUCGAUUGUGGGCUCAAUCACGGCUAAUGCAGGUGUGCUCGGAUGCAGGAGAGGUUCACGGUGCUAGUCAUGAACCCCCACAAAGUCAUUUUGUUCUUUUUAAGUUAACAAAAAAGCGAUAUCGUGUUUAUAAUUAUAUAAUUAAGUUACUUUUAUAAGCAAAGAAUUUUGCAGCUUAUAGUUAGCCUGUUUCUCUGUAUCUAUGUAACAAAUUGCCACUUUAGGGAGUUCAAUUUAUGAACCCUUACUGAAGCAGAUGAAUCAAGAGCUAAAUUUGCUAUGUCUUGGUAGCUUUAAUUGGUAAA